CGCGGGGAGACAGCAGAAAUCGUACUACGGAGCGGGAAGCAAGCAGGAAAACGUGUCGGGCCAGACUUGCAGGGCAGCAGAGAGCCGCGGAGCCGCUUCAGUGAUGACUUGCAGAAACAAACUUCACAACUGGGGAAGGUUAUAAAGCAGGUACAGCAGUUGUUUAAUAACGACUUUGGAGGAGUUUUCAGUAUCCAGUCUCCUUAUAAGGAAGAAAGAAGGUUUCUGGAGGACUUAAUCAUGAGUCAAGCUGCCGCUAAACCUCCACUUCCAGAAAGAAAGCAUCUUUUGUGGCAUAAAGAAGCAUGGAAAGGUGAUGGAACAGCUUGUUCUAGAUGCCAUCUCCAAGCAAUUGGAAGAGAAGAAGGUCAUCAGAAACAGUCAGCAUGGAUUCACCAAGGGAAAGUCGUGUUCAACCAAGCUCGUAGCCUUCUGUGAUGGCAUCACCAGCUGGAUCGAUGGGGGGAGAGCAGUGGAAGUUGUCUACCUUGACUUCAGCAGGGCUUUUGAUACUGUCUCCCACGACAUCCUGAUAAUGAAGCUGAGAAAGUGUGGGAUGGAUGAGUGGACGGUGAGGUGGGUUGAGAAUAGAGCUCAUUCUACGUGGCUGUUGAGCGCUUUGCAGGUAUUGAUCUUGCAGAGGGAUCUGUCUGGCCGCAGGACUGUGGUUGGAUACACUGAUUCCAGCAGAAACUCAGUAAGCAGCGGCGACCUGUGCAAAGCGCUGCUCGGCAUGGACCUCUGCUGAGGAAUCAAGGGUUGAGCAAAAAGAAUGUUUGGGCCAGGUGACCGCAGAAGUCUGGCUGUUUUGGUUUGUGGCAGCUGAUGGAAGCAGAGUUGCAGUUGAAAUGGACGCUUCUGGUCUGAUGUCCAGCCUGUUCCCACAUGCUCAGAUGAGCCAAGUUUGCAAGGCCUGGCUCUUGGUUGGUGAUUUGUGCCCAAGGUGAACUAGAUGGCUGCCAUACCAUGCUCUUGAAUGACAAAAGGACGAUAGUGUGGAUUUUGGCUUUUGCUCUGGAAGAACAGAGCGAAGUGUCAAGGAACGGCUGCCUUCAAGGAACUUGUCUGCCUUCUUCUGAUCUCUUGCCAGCUUGUCACGCUUAGGCUGAUGGCCAUGGCAUGCAAUGAGAUCAGCUGUGGGCCUGAGCUGGCAUGGACGGAGACUGCUAACCAGGGGAAGCCCCUGGUGGUCGAUGACGAGUCAGCUAUCAAUAUUCCAGCCCUUGCUGCCGCCCAUGUGAUUAAGGGCUACACUGCCCAGGCACCGGAUGAGCUCUCCUUUGAGGUGGGAGACAUCGUGUGUGUCAUUGAUAUGCCACCAAAGGAGGUGACCAGGUGGUGGAGAGGGAAGCAUGGGUUUCAGGUUGGGUUCUUCCCUAGUGAGUGCGUGGAACUGAUUAAGGACAAAGUUCCCCAGUCCGUCAUUGAUUUGGUGCCAAAGCCAGUGUCAAAGAAACGGGGCAAGAUCAUCACCUUCCUUCAUUCGCUCGUGAAGGCCCGCCCAAAGAAAGUGAAGCAGCAGGAGACGGUGAAGGAAAGGGUGUUUGGGUGUGACCUGGCCGAGCAUCUUCUCCACUCUGGCCAGGAUGGUAAGGAACAGCCCAUUCUCGGGAUCUUCCUCUGGUGGGAAUCUGAAGGUUCAAGAGAGAUCACAUCUAGCAAGGAGCAGGUUGAUACCCGUGUAGAAACAUGGGAUGGGAGCUGA